CCGGCGGACCUGACUGACGGCCGUGUCGUCCUAUCAGUGCUUCCUAGAGAUCCUAGGUCCGGCCAGAUCACCGCAUUUCCGCGGCACGGAGUGUCUUCUAGACUCUCUCAGAACCCGGUAAUCGAGAUGAUGCUGCAUCUCCUGGAUCAUAUGCCAGAGGAUCGGCCAGUUAGAGACACAGACUCCAUUCCUUUGUCGAAAGGGACUUCAGGUAAGAAUGUAAAGGCCCAGUCACGCUCGGGCAGGAUGAACCGAGAGAAACUGAACUACAGACCCUUUCAACUCCAUGAAGAUCCCAUGGUGGUGAAGGAACUCUCUCCAAAGCAACGAGAUAAAAGCAGAAGGCCAAGGACUAACAUGAAGCGGUCCACCACUACCCAACCAGACCUACGGACACUUGCUGUGCUCCAGGAGCCUGUGAGGCAGAGGCCACCGUGGGUCUCAGCAUCCCUGCGCUCCUUGGUGACCCGGCACGCCCAGGUUCCUAGGAGGAAAGCACAUAUGCAGCGCCAGUGUCCCUCGACUGCAGCAGGCAGUACACAGUCUCGAGUCCACGUGGGACGCAGACCUGGGCCAAAUGACAGACGCAGCCACACAGCCCCUCCCACAUUUAAGGACUAUGUGAUGGAUGAAAACCCCAGUAUGGAAGUAACCAGUGAGCCCAGCCAACCUACUCACAUUAUGACUACUGACUCUACACAUGCGGAAGAGACCUCCAGGUCUCCUGAGAAAAUGUCCAAAGUUGAAAAGCUUGAACAGAGAAGCUCACUGGAGUGUGCUGAGAAGGCUGCAGAACUUCGAGCUACCAUUAAAGAGAACGUGGAGCUGAUUCGACUUAAGAAGCUCUUAUACGAGAGGAGUGCCUCGCUGGCAGCCACAGAAGCCCAGCUGACACGAGUUCAAGAGGCAUAUGAAGACUUGCUCCAGAAGAAUCAGGGAAUCUUGGAUGCAACCCAUGAUGCCUUCCUCAGCCAAGUGAAUGAACUCAAAGCAGAACUGAGUGAAGAGAGCAAGAAGGCUGUGAGCUUGAGGAUCCAGCUGGGAGAUGUGUCUAUCCUGCAGAAAACUCUGAAGGAGUUUCAGGUCAGAGUUGAAGAUUUGGAAAGUGAACGAAAACUGCUGAGUGACAGUUAUGACAGACUCUUAGAAAACAUGCUGGAGAGCAGUCACCAGCCUCUGGAGAGCAGUCACCAGCCUCACUGGAACAGGGAGCUCAUGGCGGAGCAGCUCCCACAGCAAGUCUGUCCACUGCUGGACCAAGUAGGCGCUGAGCUGGAGGAGACCAAAGUCUUGCUUCAAGUAACCAACCAAGUAGCUCAAGAUGAACAGUUGACGUUUCAAGUCACCAGCAUCCUUUGCCAGCAUAAACAGGAAGAAGAGAACCUUCAGUCAACAGCCACCAUACCCCUGUUUCCAGAAGAGCUGUUUGAACUGGCUGUUCAGCCAACUCUACUCGCACAGACAGUUCAGAGAGAGUCCAGUGAACCAAGAGUCCAAGAGGAGAGUAGCCUGUCCCAGGUGCUGAAUGAGCUGCAAGUGUCACACGCAGAGACCGCACUGGAGCUGGAGAAAACCAGAGACAUGCUUCUUCUGCAGCGCAAGAUCAACUUGUGUUAUCAGGAGGAGCUGGAGGCAACGCUGACAAAGGCUGACAAGGAAAAUAGGGACCACGAAGAGACGAUGGAGAGGCUGACUCACCUCCUAGACUUCAAGAACAGCCGCAUAAUGCAGCUGGAAGGUAUUUUAAGAAGUCACGGCCUUCCAACAUCUGAGCAGCUCAAAGACGUUGCUUAUGGCACUCGGCAACCAUCGCUGUGUCUGGAGUCCCCGGCAGCCCACAGAGGCGAGGAUGAAGUGGACAUGUCUCUGCUGCAUCCAAGCGAGAACCUUUUUGAGCUGCACAUCCACCAGGCCUUCCUGACCCCCGCUGCCCUCAUACAGGCUGGGGAUGCGCAGCCUACCACUUUCUGCACUUACUCCUUCUAUGAUUUUGAAACACACUGCACCCCAUUCUGUACUGGGCCACAGCCCCUCUAUGACUUCACCUCCCAGUAUGUAGUGCAGACCGACUACCUCUUCCUGCACCACCUUCACGGAACCUCAGUACGGCUUGACCUCCAUCAGGCCAUGGCUAGUGAGCACCAGGUCCUUGCUACGGGAUGGAUUUCAUUGGACAAGGUGCUAGAGACUGUGGAGCGAGUCCAUGGCUUGGCCACACUUACUGGAGCUGGCGGAGAAGACUUGGGGGUGUUAGAAUACUGGAUGAGACUGUGCUUGCCCCUAAAAUCCAGCCUCCAGGCAUGCAAUAAGCGAAAGAAAGCCCAGGCCUACCUGUCAGUCAAUGUGCUUGGAGGUUGGAAGGCGCAGAAUGAUGAGUCCAGAUCCGAAGCCUGGGCACCUCAGAAUGAGCUGCGGAUUGAAAUCACCAGGUGCUGCGGCCUCCGGAGUCGGUGGGGAGGAAGGCAGCCCAGCCCGUACGUCAUGUAUCGCUUCUUCACCUUUCCCGACCAUGCCACCACUGUCAUUCCGGCCAGCAGUGACCCGUACUUUAAAGACCAGGCUCUGUUCCCCGUGCCUGUGACCUCUGACCUGGACGAGUACCUGAGGCGGGAAGCUCUGUCUCUAUAUGUUUUCGAUGAUGAAGACCCAGAGCCUGGCUCCUUUCUCGGCCGAGUCCAGGUGCCCUUGCUGCCUCUUGCACAAAACAAAUCUCUCAAAGGUGAUUUCAACCUUACAGACGCUGGGGAGAUGUCCAAUGGCUCCAUCCAAGUGCAGCUAGACUGGAAGUCUCACCAUCUGCCCCCAGAGAGCCUCCAGAUGUCAGAAGCUGAGAAGCAGGCGGAGGGAGACAAGGACGAGGUUCAGGAGGAGGAGGCAGAGGAAGAAGAGGAGGAGGAAGAAGAGGAUGAGGAGAAGGAAGAUGAGGAAGAGGAAGGGGAGGAAGAGGAAGGGGAGGAGGAAGAGGAGGAGGAAGAGAAGGUAGAAGAGAAGGAGGAAGAGAGGAAGGAAGAGAAGGAGGAAGAGAAGGAGGAAGAGAAGGAGGAAGAGAAAGAGAAAGAGAAGGAGGAAGAGAAGGAGGAAGAGAAGGAGGAAGAGAAGGAGGAAGAGAAAGAGAAAGAGAAGGAGGAAGAGAAGGAGGAAGAGAAGGAGGAAGAGAAGGAGGAAGAGAGGGAAGAGGAGGAGAAGGAGGAAGAGAAGGAGGAGGAGGAAGAAGAGGAGGAAGAGAAGGAGGAAGAGAAGGAAGAAGAGAAGGAGGAAGAGAAGGAAGAAGAGAAGGAGGAAGAGAAGGAGGAAGAGGAAGAAGAGGAGGAUGAGGGAGAGGAGGAGGAAGAGAAGGAGGAAGAGAAGGAAGAAGAGAAGGAGGAGGAGAAGGAGAAGGAGAAGGAGAAGGAGAACAAAGAUGGCUUGGAGGUCUCAUUCACAGAAGAGCAGACCCCUUUUCUUCCCCAGGCUCAGAUAGCAUCUACAGAGAUUCCCAUAGAGGCUGGCCAGUAUCAAGAGAAGAGAAAACCUCCUGUAAUAGCAGAAAGGAAGGAAAAAGAGCGGCAGGUCACAAGCUACUCACGAAGAAAACACAGCAAAAAACCAGGUGUCCAAGGCAAAAACAGAAUGGAAUAUCUGAGCUGUAACAUCUUGAAUGGAGACAUACAGCAGAUGCGUUACACUGAGUGGAAGUUCUCAGGGCUCAAGAUGUAUGAGGAUGAUGGUUUGAAAGUUCAGCAGAAGGAAGAGGAACAGCCAUCACCCCAUUCAGCACUGAGACAGGACCAACCCUCACAUUCUAUAAAUGCCUCCUCCCCAACAGACCAAGAAUCCAGUGAACAAGCUUCUGAAGUCAGUGAAGCACACACUCCUGACAGCGAUGAUAUCGUAGUGACACCCCAGUCUCAGACGUGUCCUAAAGCUGAUUCAGAGAAGAUGUGCAUUGAAAUAGUCUCCCUGGCCUUCUGCCCUGAGGCUGACGUCAUGGCGGAUGAGAAUAUCCGGCAGGUAUAUGUGGAGUACAAAUUCUGUGAUCUGCCUCUAUCGGAGACAGAGACUCCAGUGUCCCUGAGGAAACCAAGGGCAGGCGAAGAAAUCCACUUCCACUUUAGCAAGGUGAUAGAUCUGGACCCAGUGGAGCAUCAAGACCGACGGCAGUUUUUGUUUGCCAUGCUACAAGCUCAAAAUUCUGAUGAGGGACGUUUAAAGUUUACAGUGGUAAGCGAUCCUCUGGAUGAAGAAAAAAAAGAAUGUCAAGAUAUAGGCUAUGCAUACCUCGAACUGUGGCAGAUAUUUCAAUCCGGAAAAGAUAUCCUAGAGCAAGAACUAGAGAUUGUGAGCCCUGGAAACCAGGCCAUCCAAAUUGGAAGGCUGAAGGUUUCCCUCCAAGCAACUGCUGCCCUCCAUGGCAUUUAUAAGGAGAUGACUGAAGAUCUGUUUUCAUAAGUUCUACUCCACUCUACAAUUUGAGGGAAUCACAGUUCAACGUGUCUUAUAAAAUAACAUGCUAUGCCAUAAA